AUGCCUUUUGUGACUGCCAAUCCAUUUGGUGCCGGCUCAUUCUACGAGCGAGGUGUUUGUGCUGCAGAUAAUUGUGCCAGAGCUGUUACGGGCACAGCAGCCCAGCCACCGCUUGCAACCCGUCAAGCAGACUGCUCGGCUUUCUUCAGCCAAGUGCCUACACCAACGGUGCCAGCGUAUGCUUCGGCUUGCAGUGGAGCUACCCGUUAUAGCAGUGCCUGCUCGUGUCUUGGAAUCACCGCGCCCACGUAUACUUGUCUCAACUCACCUCAAGCAACCAAUAUUGUCUCGACAUUUGCUUCAUUCUUGACUGCGCCCCAAGCCCCAGACUUUGCGUCAAAGGCGAAUGCGCUGUUGGCGGAUAACUUCACCGACACCAGCGAUUCCAUCAAUUUCCUGGCUGGCUACCCUCUCGGUGGCAAAACAUUCCCUAGCAAGACUGCGUUCAUCGCUGGUCAAGGAGCACAGCGACCUAUUCCCACCCUCACUACUCUUGAUAUCUUCUUCUCCUGCAACAAGAUCGCCUGGCGAUGGCUUGCACAGGGCAUCGGAUCCGGUCAAUAUGAGGUCAAGGGUAUUGACACUUUCACAAUUACACCAUCGGGCCAGAUCAGUGAAGCUUUUGCCGAGUUCAACAGCGGAGCCUGGGCAGCAGAUCUCGCGCCUUCUCCCUCGCUUUCAGGUUCGUCAACCACAUCAACGACGACAACAACAACGACAAGCGCGACGCCGACUACGACCGUGGCCUAA